AAGGCUUCACCGCAGCUGCGUCUACACCCGUGGCGGCAGCAUCUACGUUCACACAGCCGCCUAUGCGCGUUCAGUGACCCGGACAUCUAGGCCUGCGCUUGCGGCGAGGGCGUUGGCAGACGCCUGGCCACCGUGACCCCAAUUUUGGAUUUACCGCUUGGGGGGUGGGGGGAGCCUGGAUUUAACUGGCGACUGUUUUGGGGGACACCGGACGCCAUGUUGUGGAAAAUAACCGAUAAUGUCAAGUAUGAAGAGGACUGCGAGGAUCGCCACGAUGCCAGCAGCAACGGGAACCCGCGCCUCCCUCACCUGUCCUCCGCGGGGCAGCAUCUCUACAGUCCCGCGCCACCCCUGUCCCAUACUGGAGUCGCCGAAUACCAACCGCCCCCCUACUUCCCACCCCCCUACCAGCAGCUGGCUUACUCGCAGUCGGCAGACCCCUACUCGCAUCUAGGAGAAGCGUACGCCGCGGCCAUCAACCCCCUGCAUCAGCCGGCGCCCACGGGCAGCCAGCAGCAGGCCUGGCCCGGCCGCCAGGGCCAGGAGGGAGCCGGUCUGCCCUCGCACCACGGGCGCCCCGCUGGCCUGCUGCCUCACCUCUCGGGACUGGAGGGGGGCGCCGUGGGUUCCCGCAGGGAUGCCUACCGCCGCUCGGACCUCCUGCUACCCCACGCGCACGCCCUGGACGCCGCAGGCCUGGCGGAGAACCUGGGGCUCCACGACAUGGCGCACCAGAUGGACGACGUGCAGAAUGUCGACGACCCGCACCUGCUCUUGCAUGAUCAGACUGUUAUUCGCAAAGGUCCUAUUUCUUCAAUGACCAAGAAUCCCCUGAGUCUCUCCUGUCAGAAGGAGCUGGUGGGAGCUGUGCUGAAUCCCAGUGAAGUCUUCUGCUCAGUCCCAGGAAGGUUGUCCCUCCUCAGCUCCACGUCUAAAUAUAAAGUGACAGUUGCUGAAGUACAGAGGCGACUGUCGCCACCCGAAUGCUUAAAUGCCUCAUUACUGGGAGGUGUUCUCAGAAGAGCCAAAUCUAAAAAUGGAGGCCGUUCCUUGAGGGAGAAGUUAGACAAGAUUGGGUUGAAUCUUCCUGCCGGGAGACGGAAAGCUGCACAUGUGACACUUCUGACAUCCUUAGUGGAAGGUGAAGCUGUUCACUUGGCUCGUGACUUUGCAUAUGUCUGUGAAGCCGAAUUUCCUAGUAAACCGGUGGCUGAGUAUUUAACCAGACCACACCUCGGAGGACGGAAUGAGAUGGCGACGCGGAAGAACAUGCUGCUGGCUGCACAGCAGGUGUGUAAAGAAUUUACAGACCUUCUCAAUCAAGACCGGACGCCCAAUGGGAACAACAGGCCCACCCCGGUCUUGGAGACCAACAUCCAGAACUGCUUGUCUCACUUCAGCUUGAUCACCCACGGUUUCGGCAGCCAGGCCAUCUGCGCCGCCGUGUCUGCUGUGCAGAACUACAUCAAGGAAGCCCUGGUAGUGAUUGACAAAUCCUGCAUGAACCCCGGGGAACAGAGUCCAGCCGAUUCGAACAAAACCCUGGAGAAAAUGGAGAAGCACAGGAAAUAAGACGGGGGUGGACAAAGGAAGAACAGGACAGUACAGAACUGCAAAAUCGUCUCGACCCAGAGCAGACUGGGAAAACCCCUCUUGCUUGGGGACUGAGUUUAUUAAACCUACCUACCUAAAAAGGCCUCCGUCAAUUGCUGGAUCUUUCUGGAUUGGCAGUGGUUUUUACAUGCCCUCCUGGAUUCUUUUUAAGUGUCUCCUAACUUGGGACAAGUAUCAGAAGGUGACAAGUACUGGUUCUUUACUCAUUAAACCUUUCGUUUUAUUUUAUGUUUUGAACCUUGUUCUUCUCUCUGAAAGUGGUGCUAAACGUUUCCCUGAGCUAACAGAAACCACACACUUCACUGUUGUUAAUGGCAAAUGGAUGCAAAUCUGAUCAACAAUCACUUUUUCCUUUUUGCAGUGUUAAGACAAUGGCUGGUUUUUGUGCUCACUAAAUAUUUUUCUUAAAGUGUUUUAGCUUCUGCAGGUACCAAAUCCCUUAGUGGUUGGAGGAGGCAAAAGUUCUAUCUGCUUAACAACUAGUGAAUAGUUGGCAUUUAACACACUUUUAAACUCCUUGUUCAAGGGGGGCCUUCUGGUUUUAAGAAACUUGUAGGAACAAAGCCUGCUGAUUUUCUGUUUUGUUUUGUUUUGAACAUUUAAAAGUUUAACUCUGCAAAUGAAAAACUCUUUGAAAUGACAUACUCCUUUAAGGUACUGAAGCUUUAUUUGCAUAUUUAUUUCAGAUCUUGGUUUUUAGAGUAAACUUGAAAAGGGUAGGCAAGAAGCAUUUUUGCUGCCCGUUGUCCUCAAGUUCCCCACGGAGGCUCUAUAUUUUGAGAAACAGUGUGUUGAGUGUACAGAUUUUAUUUAUGCCUAAUUUAAUGGGGUCUGUAAAUACUGGUGAACUUCUUAUGACUUUGAGAAAUGGGAUUCGAUUUUAAUAUUAACUUUUAAAGGUGAUGGGGUAGUCUAUAACACAGCUUUAGGUUUCAUUUGUACACAGGGUUUUAAGUCUUAGGAGGAUACUGGUUUCCAUUCUUGAUGUGGAGGGUUCUGUUGAAUUGAAUCCCUCUCUGUUCACAAAGCAAUCACUUUGUGUCUUCUUCCUGUUAGGCUGAAUCCUAAAAUGAGUGUGUGGUACGGCGUGUGUGGGUUAGUGGAGAUUUGGGAUGGGAUUCCACGCCUGUAAACAUUCCCCAAACAGUUCUGUUGCGUA